GUUUACAAGUAGCGCUGAGAUCCGCCUUCUAGUUUCAUUCAUUCCCUCUCUCGGUUCUCUUUGUCCUCACCCUCCCCAUUCUCCCUCCUCCCGGCGAUUUUCUUCCCCCUUCUCCGGCCACACACUCUCCAGGAACCUUUUUUAUGAAAGCCUAAAUACAAAUCCAUCUCCGCAUCGUUGUUUUCAGGUUUUCGUCGUGGUUUAGGGAAGCGAGACUCUAGGCUGCUCGUUUCUGAGUUGAGGAAUUCUAGAUUUGGUGUGGCGUUGGUCUGAAUUGGCUUCUGUUUGGAUUCAGAGGCUGUGUUGUUUGUGCUGCCAGUGGAUACAGACUGUUUAGGUUAGGUUGAUUUUUCAUGUCGCUGGAACCGUUGGAUCGAAAGAGGAAGUACGAGAGCUCCGAGUCUCUAGGGACUGUGGGUAGAUGGAGAGGCUCUUCUUCUCAUCAUCACCACCACCGUCCUCAACAGUUCAAUCGGCCUGGCAAUUUUAGGAGAAUGGCAGGUCAUCGUAGGCAGGGUAGUUGGCAGCCAUUUACAGAAGAAUCUGGUCAAGAGCAUAUGCUUUCUCGACCUUGUGACAGAAAACUGGAGGAAGAUAACUUUCGCUCACGAGGGGAUGGAAAGUAUGGAAGGGUCUAUAAGGAAAGUAGAGGAGCCUUUAGUCCGAGAGAAUGGAAAGGGCGUCCGUGGGAAAGCCCGAGCAACUCUCUUAAUAUGUCCAGGAGGCAAACUGAUGCAUUUAAUGAACGCAAGUCAGUUGAUGAUAUGCCAACAUAUUCCCCUCAUCCCAAUUCUGGAUUAACUGCUUGGGAACAACACCACAUGAAAGACCAACAUGAUAAGAUGGGUGGUAUUAAUCGAUUUGGCGCAGGGCAGAGAUACGAUAGGGAUACUUCUCUGGGUACGGUUGACUGGAAGCCACUUAAAUGGACCCGGCCUGGAUCUGUACGAGACUCAAGCUUUAGCCAAUCAAGUGGCACAAGAAGCUUAGGAGGGUCUAAUUCGAAGGGAACCUAUGAAGGGAAGUAUGGGUUACAACAAAAAGUGGCAACUACUGUUGAGUCAAAUUCGAGGGAAACUGCUAUAUGUCGUACAUCUUCUGCUCCAUCUGAAGAGACAAAUUCGAAGAAGAAGCCUAGGCUAAAUUGGGGCGAAGGACUUGCAAAGUUUGAGAAGAAGCAUGUUGAGGGACCCGAGACAACUUCAAACAAAGAUGGACCUGUCUCACCCCCUUUUAAUAUGGAACCCAGUAAUUUCCUCUGCCCCAGCUUAGUCGAUAAAACGCCAAAAGUUUCAGAACUUUCAGGCUGUGCAUCUCAUGCAGCUCCAACAACUGCUGCCCGCAGCUCUUCACCAGGUGAAGAUGAUAAAUUGUUUGGAAAAGCUGCAAAUAUGGACAAUGAUGUCGGUAGUUUGAGUAGUUCACCUGGCCCGGAGUCUCAAAAUCAUCUGCAGAUGUUUUCUCUCAAUUUAGAGAAGGUGGAUAUUGAUUCAUUGACUAGUUUGGGCCCUUCACUAGUUGAGUUGCCACAGUCUGAAGAUCUGAGCUCUGUGGAUUAUAAUUCAUUAAGAUCCACUACAAUGGAUAAGUUGCUGACAUUGAAAGCCGGCAUUUCAAAGGUAUUAGAGGUGACUGAAACUGAAAUUGAUUCACUUGAAAAUGAACAUAGAUCUCUAAAAUCUGAAUCUGAGGGUAGAUUUCCAUGUUCAGCAGCAGUAGGCUCUCUGCUAUGUUACAAUGGAAAACCUUGCUCUGAUGACAAGGUUUCCUGUUUAGAGUCAUCGCCGAUUGUAUCUUCUGACGACCUUAUUGUGGAGAAGGUGCCUAUUACAGAGAAGAUGCCUCUUGCGACUAACUUUGUUAAUAUACGCGAUAAUUGCCUGGAAAUUGAUACUAACAGUGAUGGACCUGCAAAGUCUAAAGUUGUAGAGCCUCUGCCCAUAAAUAAUGCGGUUUCUUCAUGUGAUGUGAGGAGAUAUGGUUCUGGCUCUGAACACUUGGGUGGAGUUCAUUCUACAGCCAUGCAAUGCUUAAUUCCCUGUACUAAUAGGCAUGCUGCCAAUGUCUCUGUUUGCAGUGAUAGUAAUUCAUCUUUGGAGGUUAAUGAUGGUGUGGGUGCUAAGAGAAGUGCAAGCUCUUAUUCUAGAACUGAGGACAAUUUAUAUGAUAAAAUUAUUUCUUGCAAUAAAAAAUCUGCAAAAGCAGCACAUGAAGUAUUUGCUAAGUUAUUGCCUGAAAAAUGUCGCAAGAAUGGUAACAUUGGAGCUAGCACUGGUUCAUGCUCUCAGAAUGGCACAAUUAUUAUGGAAAAAAUUGCAGAGAAAAGACGAAUGGCAAGAGUGAAGGAGAGAGUUGCGACACUUAAGUAUACAGCCCUGCACCACUUGUGGAAAGAAGAUAUGCGCUUACUGUCUAUUAGGAAACAACGCCCAAAAUCUCACAAGAAACUUGAAGCCAGUUAUAAUAAUCAGAAGAAGCGGUCUUCUAUUUCUUUUCGUUUUCCUUUCCCAGCAGGAAACCAACAAAUGUUGGUUCCAACAUCUGAGUUGAUUAAGUAUACAAGCCAACUACUUUCAGAAUCCAAACACAAAAUUCACAGAAGCACGUUAAAGAUGCCAGCAUUAAUUUUGGAUCAAAAGGACAAAAUAAAUUCAACAUUUUCAUCUAGUAAUGGGCUGGUUGAAGAUCCAUUGGCUACUGAGAAAGAAAGAGCCAUGAUAAACCCUUGGACUUCAGAAGAGAGAGAUAUUUUCUUGAAGAAAUUUUCUGCCUUUGGAAAAGAUUUUCGGAAAAUAGCUACAUUCCUUGACCACAAGACGACGGCAGACUGUGUUGAGUUCUACUACAAAAAUCACAAGUCUGAUUGUUUUGAAAAAAUGAAGAAAAAAGAUGACGACAAGCUCAGGAAGUUUUAUAAAGCCAAAACUGACUUGAUGCCAAAUACUUCUCCACUUGAUAUCUUGAGUGCAGCUUCAGUGAUGGCACAUGACAUUGCAAGAAAUCGGAGAAUGCGUUCCGGGCGUGCUCUUUGGAGGGGAUAUAACAUGUCUAAUAGGCUGAAAAAUUUCGAAGUUCUUCGAGAUGAAAGAGAGACUGUUGCAGCUGAUGUGUUAACCAGUAUAUGUGGUUCUGUUUUAUCUGAGGCAACAAGUUCCUGCAUAACUAGUUCAGUCAAUCCUGUGAAAGGCAAAAGGGUCAGGAAGUGCGUGAAAGCAAAGCCUCUACGCAAACCACCUCCGACGCCAGAAAUUACUCAAACUAUUGAUCAUGAAACUUGUUCGGAUGAGAGCUGUGGUGAAGUUGAUCUUACUGAUUGGACAGAUGUGGAGAAGGCGGCCUUUCUUCAUGCUGUAUCAUCCUUUGGAAAGGAUUUUGCAAUGAUUGCACAGUGUGUCAGAACAAGAUCCCAAUACCAUUGCAAAGUCUUUUUUAGCAAGACUCAGAAACGUCUCAGAUUGAAUCUCUUGGGUCACAGACCUGAAAAUGUUGAAUCAUUAGGGGAUGAUGACGUGGAUGGUGGCAGGAGCGACACAGAUGCAUGCAAUGUAGAGACAGGUUCAGCCAAUGGCUCUGAUACUUCAGGCUCUAAAACUGGCGUGGACCAGCCUGCAGCUGAUACGAACAUGUAUCAUGAUGAAUCCAAUACUGUAGAUCAUGAAGAUGCAAAUAUGAUUUCUAAUGCAUGUGUUAUUGGGGGUGAGUCUAACCUGGACACUGAUGGUAAUGUAGGUGUCUUGUAUGAUUCUGAGAGGUCUGGCUCAGUGCGGGCUCAAGAUGAACCACGCGAAGGGGGAAUUGCAGGUACAAAAUUGGUGUCUGGUAUGGAGAUAAUUGAAUCAUGCUACCCUAUUUCUGUUGGUGAUGGUAGACUGGUUUCUGAUGUUUCUUCUGGCCAACAGGGAAAUGAAUUGGAGGGUUCAAGAAUACGUCUAGUUGAUAAAGAUGAAGCUGAUACAGGUGUUGAAGUUCAAUUGAACGAUACAAGCACUUUGGUGAAUACGUCACUAUCAUCUGCUGAAGUUUCUUAUUCAAGAUCGACUGUUGAUGCUGGAAAUGAGCCCCAACCACGCCUUGAAAAUCCUCCAUUCUCAGGACCAUCAGAGGGUCCUCUUACAAAUGCAAAUCUUGGCUACCAGCUUUGUAAUCCUGGUAAUUUGUUGGACCAUGUUGAGGCUGCCAGAGUUCAUCAGUGCUGUAAUAUGCAAGUGCAUUCUGAGAAGGAACUGAAUGUGAAUAUGAGCUGCAGCAGUUCAGCAACGGAAGAAGCACCGAAAAAUGAUGUGAAAAUAUUCGGGAAGAUCUUGACCAUUCCCUCAUCCACCCAGAAGCUUAAUUUAAGUGUAAAGGGAAAUGAUGAAAAUGGUACACAUCACCCGAAUUCAAACACUGCCUCUUCUAGUCUGAAAUCAGCCUGCCAUGCUAGUGCUGGUGAAAAAAUCCCGGUUCUGGAGGUUGAUCUUAAUGACUGCCAGGUCAUUGAAACUGUUCCCAUUGUAAGUUAUAUCAAUGGGAUCAAAGUUCAGCCUGGUUUCUCACCACUCCCUGAUUCUGCUUUUUUGCUUGCUAAGUAUCCUGCUGCAUUUGGUAGUUAUUCAACAUCUGCCAUAUUAGCGCAAGAGUCACCGCAGGCAUUGGCCAAGAAUGAUAGCCAGCACCUGGGCAAAGCACCUGCAUUUACAUCUGGAGAAGUAAAUGGAAGCAAUGGCGUGAUUGGUUAUCAAAUAUUCAGAGAACGGGAAGAUCUGCAUAUGCAUCCAUUCAUGGAAAAUGACCUGCAAAAAAGUAAUGAUUUUGAAGCAAUUUCAAGUUUGCAGCAGCAGGUCGCAGAAAUGGUGGAAACUGGUGCUGUUGGGAAGCCAGGGAUUCUUGUUGGAGAAUCCAAGAGUGUUAUCUCUGAUCCUGUGGCAGCCAUUAAAAUGCAGCCUUCCUUUGCUAACCAGUUUGUUGGCCAAUCCGGGAGAGUGAUGAAAGAGGCGGAGUCUUUGACUGGGAAAGAAGACCUCGAUAGUUAAGACAUGUUCAGUCCCAACAGGGCAUUGUAUUAUAGCUUCUCUUAAGCAUGAUUUAUUUAAGCAAUGUAAUAGGUGUUUAAGAUAAUAAUUUUAAUAUGGCAGCAGCCAUGUUGUUGUUGUAUUUUUAUAGGAAUUCUUAAAUAAUUUCUGAAAAUAUUUAUGGGCAAUUGCCAUUUUGGUGGGCCCUUUAACCCAUCACUA